GAAAAUGAAGAUAUUCUACUCUUGCGAUCUAUUAAGGAUGUAAAUGAGCCUAAGUUCCUUUCUCAUGAUAUCCCAUUAUUUAAUGGAAUAACUAGUGACCUGUUCCCUGGCAUUCAUCUGCCUGAAGCAGACUAUAAAGAUUUGUUGGAGUGUGCUCAUGAGUGCUGCAUUAAACACAAUGUUCAGCCAGAGAAGGUGUUCCUGGAGAAGAUGAUACAGACCUAUGAAAUGAUGAUUGUCAGACAUGGUUUUAUGCUGGUUGGAGAGCCUUUUUCUGGAAAAACAAAAGUUCUCCAGGUACUUGCUGAUACUUUGUCUCUUAUGAAUGAACGAGGGUGUGAGGAAGAAGAAAAAGUCAUCUACAGAACAGUGAAUCCAAAAUCCAUCACUAUGGGACAGUUGUUUGGACAGUUUGAUCCAGUGUCACAUGAG